AUGGUUAACUGUAGACAAUUGUAUGAUAAUGUUUUUUAUUCGAGUUCGAACUAUGGUAGAUAUAUACUCUUGUCGCUGUUCGGAUGGAAACACGGCUGCAAAGUCAUUUGGUUAACAGAUAUCGAUAUAGCCAAACAAGUAUUACUUAGUUCUGUUGAUAAGGGUUCGUUUCUUGAAGAAAAACUUUUUGCUCCAGCUUGGUUACCUGUUCUUUCACUUGAAUCUGUUAAUGGAAAGGCUUGGCAAGAUUUAAAAUCAAACUUUAUAAUUUUUCAAAAGCAUCUUCCACCUGUAGAAAAUCUCGUCGCUGCAGCGCGUCACAUUUUAUCAACACAAGAUCCAAAUAUCGAGAUUGAUGCAAAAGAAGUUGUUCACAUAACGGUAGCUUGUUUUAUCAAAUGGAUCUUCAAUUUAGAUUGGGAUGUUAAAUGGAAUUUUGUUUGUGAAGCAUCGUGGGAAUGGCGUAAAGAAAUAGCCGCUAAAGGAAAAGGCAACACACAAUUAAAACAUAAAACAGUUGAAUGGUUAAUUAACUUGAUAAAUCAUUCCGAAUAUUAUCAUUUAUUUGGUGAACAAUGGUCCAAUCCAGAAUAUUAUUCUAUCAUUAUGCAACCAUUUAUUUUAUCACCUAUGAUAAAUUUUAGUGAUAUUGCAGUGUCAGCUUAUCAUCAUCCAGGAAUGUCCAUUCAAGAAUUUAUUCAUUAUUAUCAUCCAUUUCCAAUAAUGGAACGAUAUAUCGAGAAAGAUUUUAUAAAACAUAAAAAUGGCGAUCCUAUUAUCCUCAUCAAAGCCAAUACUCAAGUGUUUAUUCCAUUGGAUACAAUUGGACAACAUGAAAAAUACACAUCCGGUUUAUGGACACCAUUUGGCAUUGGACCGAGAAAAUGCCAAGGUUCGCAGUAUGCACUUCCUCUUCUUACUGAACUUAUGACUUACUAUGAAAAUAAUCCGCAGUUUAUGCCUGAAAAGAACCAUAAAUAUAGUGGAAGAAACAACGACCAUUUAUUAUUUGGCGAAUCAAUCUAUCAACUUAUUCUGUUUAUUAAAAUAUUUAUUCGUAAUUGA